CAGCGCCGGAGAGCACUGCAGAGAGGCGCCGGGCCGCGCCGGCCGCCGGCGACUGCCUGCCUCGGAGUCCCUUGUCCGGCGCGCCCUGCCCACCUGCCCACCUGCCAGGGGCGAUCGCACGGCUGAGUGAGCCGGUCUGGGGGUCCUGAAGGCAACCCCGUUGCUGUCAGGUACAUCCCCGAAGACCCUGCUACCCAAGGCAGCAGACAGGGUUAUACACAUCGUACCUGGUCAGCAGAGAACAGCAACCUGACCAUCUACUUGGGAGAACCUCUCCCUUUUCUGAGAAGGAAAGAUGUCGAAGGGGUAUUCCUCAGACAAGAGUUUCCGAUAUCUCAUCUCAUGCUUCCGGGCCAGAGUGAAAAUGUAUAUCCAGGUGGGGCCUGUGCUGGACUACCUGGACUUUCUGUCUGCAGAGGAGAAGGAGAAGAUUGAGAGGACGGCCUUCACCCACGGGGAAAUUCACGGAGCUGACUUGCUCCUCAGCACUUUGGAGAAGGGGGUCUGGCCCCUGGGCUGGACUAGGGUAUUUGUGGAAGCCCUCCAGCGAACAGGAAGCCCUUUAGCCGCCCGCUACAUGAAUCCUGAGCUCACAGACUUGCCCUCUCCAUCCUAUGAGAACACUCACGAUGAGUGUCUCCAACUGCUGAACCUUUUACAGCCCACCCUGGUGGACAAGCUUCUAGUUAGAGAUGUCUUGGAUAAAUGUGUGGCGGUGGACCUGUUGACAGUUGAAGACAGAAAUCGGAUUUCUGCUGCAGAAAAUAAUGGAAAUGAAGCAGGUGUAAGAGAGCUACUGAGAAGGAUCGUCCAGAAAGAAAACUGGUUUUCUACAUUUGUGACUGUCCUGAGGCAAACGGAAAACGAUGCACUUGCCCAAGAGUUAACAGGCACCAGUGCCUCUGAAAGCAAUGCAGAAACUGAGAAUUUAUCACAAGAAGAUAGUCCUGAAGUUAAAGAGCCACUUCCUUUAGCCACAGAUCAGCCAAGUCCAGAGAAACGGGGCUUGGACAUGGAGAAUAAUUCACUGGACAUGGAGAAUAAUUCACUGGAAUCAUCUUGUGUGGAUUCUUCUAUAGCUUCAGAAUCAGACACAAGUUUGGCAGAAGGAAGUGUCAGCUGCUUAGAUGAAAGUCUUGGACAUAACAGCAACAUGGGCAGUGAUUCAGGCACCAUGGGAAGUGAUUCAGAUGAAGAGAACAUGGCAGAAAGUGCUUCCCCUGAGCCAGAACUGCAUCUCAGGUCUUACCAAAUGGAAGUUGCCCAACCAGCCUUGGAGGGAAAGAACAUCAUUAUAUGUCUCCCUACGGGGAGUGGGAAAACUAGAGUGGCUGUUUACAUCACCAAGGAUCACUUAGACAAGAAGAAAAACGCAUCUGAACCAGGAAAAGUCAUAGUCCUCGUCAAUAAGGUACCGUUAGUUGAACAGCUCUUCCGCAAAGAGUUUCUACCAUUUUUGAAGAAAUGGUAUUGUGUUAUUGGACUAAGUGGUGACACCCAAUUGAAAAUAUCAUUUCCAGAAGUUGUCAAAUCACAUGAUGUUAUUAUCAGUACAGCUCAGAUCCUUGAAAAUUCCCUUUUAAACUCAGAAAAAGGAGAAGAUGCUGGUGUCCAGUUGUCAGAUUUUUCCCUCAUCAUCAUUGAUGAAUGCCAUCACACUAAUAAAGAAGCAGUCUAUAAUAACAUCAUGAGGCGUUAUUUGAAACAAAAGUUGAAAAACAAAAAGCUCGAAAAAGAACACAAACCAGUGAUUCCCCUACCUCAGAUACUGGGACUAACAGCUUCACCAGGUGUUGGAGGAGCCAACAAGCAAGCCAAAGCUGAAGAACACAUUUUAAAAAUAUGUGCCAAUCUUGAUGCAUCUACUAUUCAAACUGUGAAAGAAAACAUUGGUCAACUCAAAGAUCAAAUAAAGGAGCCAUGCAAAAAGUUUGCAAUUGCAGAUGACACCAGAAAAGAUCCAUUUAAAGACAAACUUCUGGAAAUAAUGACAAAGAUUCAAACUUUUUGCCUAAUGAGUACAAUGCAUGAUUUUGGAACUCAACCCUAUGAACAAUGGGCCAUUCAAGUUGAAAAACAAGCUGCCAGAGAAGGAAAUCGCAAAGACCGUCUUUGUGCAGAACAUUUAAGGAAGUACAAUGAGGCCCUACAAAUUAAUGACACAAUCCGAAUGAUUGAUGCAUAUAAUCACCUCGAAACUUUCUAUAAUGAUGAAAAAGAAAAGAAGUUUGCAAUCCUAGAUGAUGAUAGUGAUGACAGUGGUGACGACGGUGGUAAUGGUGAUAAAGAUGAGGAUGAUGGAAAGAAACCUUUGAAACUGGAUGGGACAGAUAGAUUUCUCAUGACUUUAUUUUUCGAUAACAAGAAAAUGUUGAAAAAGCUGGCUGAAAACCCAGAACAUGAAAAUGAAAAGCUGAUCAAAUUAAGAAACACAAUAAUGGAACAAUAUACAAGAACGGCGGAAUCGGCAAGAGGAAUAAUUUUCACGAAAACACGGCAGAGUGCAUAUGCUCUUUGCCAGUGGAUUACCGACAAUGAAAAAUUUGCAGAAGUAGGAGUCAAAGCGCACCACCUGAUUGGAGCUGGACACAGCAGUGAGUUCAAGCCCAUGACCCAGAAUGAACAAAAAGAAGUCAUUAGUAAAUUUCGCACAGGAAAAAUAAAUCUGCUUAUUGCUACCACAGUGGCAGAAGAAGGUCUGGAUAUUAAAGAAUGUAAUAUCAUUAUUCGUUAUGGUCUCGUCACUAAUGAAAUAGCCAUGGUCCAGGCCCGUGGCCGAGCCAGAGCGGAUGAGAGCACCUAUGUCCUGGUUGCCCACAGCGGCUCAGGAGUUGUUGAACGUGAGACAGUUAAUGAUUUCCGAGAGAAAAUGAUGUAUAAAGCUAUAAACCGUGUUCAAAAUAUGAAUCCACAGGAGUAUGCCCAUAAGAUUUUGGAAUUACAGAUACAAAGUAUAAUGGAAAAUAAAAUGAAAAUCAAGAGAACUACUGCAAAGCAUUACAAGAAAAACCCAUCAUUAAUAAAUUUCGUCUGCAAAAAUUGUAGUGUGUUAGCCUGCUCUGGAGACCAUAUCCACGUAAUUGAGAAGAUGCACCAUGUCAAUAUGACACCAGAAUUCAAGGAACUCUACGUUGUGAGAGAAAAUAAAGCACUGCAAAAGAAGUUUGCAGACUAUCAAACAAAUGGUGAGAUUAUCUGCAAAACUUGUGCCCAAGCUUGGGGAACAAUGAUGGUGCACAAAGCCUUAGAUUUUCCUUGUCUCAAAAUAAAAAAUUUUGUAGUGGUUUUCAAAAAUACUUCAACAAAGAAACAAUACAAAAAGUGGGUAGAAUUACCUAUCACAUUUCCUGAUCUUGACUAUUCACAGUAUUGUUUCUGUAGUGAUGAAGAUUAACGUUUGGUUCAAGAUUCUUUUAAAAUAUUAUCAACUAAACACUUAAUAUAAUUUGAUUGAUGUUUUUAUUAUACUAAUGAACUGAUGUGAGAAUAAAAUAAUUGCUUUAUUCUGAGAUGAGUUGUAUAGAGGAUGACAGUAUAUCAUGCUUUCAAUUAUUCAUUUUGUUUAUGGGUAGGGGUAAAGAAAAUCUACCAAUACCUAACACUCAUUAGUGUGGAGCAGUAAUGUGGAGUACUGUGGGAAAAAAUGCUGGAAUAUAAAUGAGAAUCUAAGGUACUAAUUUCAGCCCUGUCACCACUUUUCAGAAUAAAAUUAAGCAAAUUAAUUCAU